AUGUCAGCUGAUACUUCGAUUGUCUGGAUUUUAGUGUUGACGAUUAAUAUUAUUCCUUAUGUGCACAAUUUUGGUCACAAUUAUGUUGUCAAGAAAGAUUUCUUUACAGGAGGUAUAUCACGUGAAUUUUCAGUCUAUGAUAUAACUGAAAAGCACCUAAAAUAUCGUAUCGAAUCUCGAUUUUCUUUCCGACAUAAUAAUGAAAUAGUGGUUUAUCCAUCGAAACAAGUUGUCGGUAAAUUAACUGGUCGAUGGUCAAUGUGGAAAUAUGCUGCUUACAUUUCGCUUCUUGAUCUUUCAUCGAAUCAAUGGAUCAGUGGAAAUAUUACAGAAACAUCCACUUUGCGAAUGACAGAAUUCACUAUACAUUGGAACGGUACAUAUAUAAUAUUGAAAAGUGAUUUGGAUAUUCUUCCUAGCACAUUUUAUGAAAAAGGUCGAGGCAACCUCUUAGCUCAAUUCAAACAACGACCUGCAUCAAGGUUGUGGGUGGCAAAAUACGAUAUUGGCAUAUUCUCGAUUAAGUUUCCAGAAGCAUUGUACCUUCUCGCAUUAGCUGUUCAAGAGCUCAAAUCGAUAUCACGAAGGGGCAAAAAAUAA